GUUCCACUCCAAAGCGGAGCAAUCCGGUGUGUUUCUGUUUGUUGUGGUCCGCGUGUCGCUGCUGGGUGCUGUGAAAAGAGCUCAGGCAAACUCAGAAGUCCUGACAUGGGUAGAGUGACCUAUGAUGAUGUGCAUGUGAACUUCACUCGGGAAGAGUGGGCUUUGCUGGAUCCUUCUCAGAAGAAUCUCUACAAAGAUGUGAUGCUGGAGACCUACAGGAAUCUCACUGCUAUAGGCUACAUUUGGGAAGACCAUAAUAUUGAAGACCAUUUUCAAAGUUCUAGAAGACGUGGAAGGCAUGAAAGAAGGCAUACUGGAGAGCAACCCUCUGAGUUUAUUCAACGUGGGAAGAAAGCCUAUGUAUUUCAGAGUCAUAACCAAAGACAUGAGAGAAUUUAUACUGGAGAGAAACCCUAUGAAGGUGUCCAACAUUGUGAAGCCUUUGCACAUAACAGUAGUCUCCAAAUACAUAAAACAAAACUUGCUGGAGUGAAAUCCUAUGGGUGUAACCAAUGUGGUAAAGACUUUGUGUCUCACAGGUCUCUUCAAAGGCAUAAAGGAGAGAAACCUUAUGAAUGUAAUCAAUGUGGUAAAACUUUUGCAUGUCAAGGUGGACUCCAAAUGCAUAAACGAAUACAUACAGGAGAGAAAACUCAUGAGUGUAAUCAAAGUGUUAAAGUCCUUGGAUGUCAAAGUGGACUACGAUAUAAAAGAACACAAACAGGAGAAAAACCUUAUGAAUGUAAUCAAUGUGGUAAAACCUUUAUAUAUCACAGUUAUCUUCAAAAACAUAAAAGAACCCAUACUGGAGAGAAACCAUUUCAAUGUAACCAGUGUGGUAAAGCCUUUGCAGGAAAUAGUCAUCUCCUAAGACAUAAAAGAAUACAUACUGGUGAGAAACCCUACGAGUGUAACCAAUGUGGUAAAGACUUUUCACGUCGCAAUUCUCUUCAAAGGCAUAAACGAGUUCAUACAGGAGAGAAACCUUAUGAAUGUAAUCAGUGUGGUAAAGGCUUUGCAUGUCAAAGUGGUCUCCGAAUACAUAAAAGAACACAUACAGGAGAGAAACCCUAUGAAUGCAGUCAAUGCGAUAAAGCCUUUGCAUGUCAGAGUGGUCUCCUGUAUCAUAAAAGAACACAUACUGGAGAGAGACCAUAUGAAUGUAAUGAAUGCGGUAAAUCCUUCAUACAUCACAGUCAUUUUCAAAUACAUAAAAGAACGCAUACUGGAGAGAAACCCUUUGAAUGUGACAAAUGUGGUAAAGCCUUUGCACGAAACAGUCAUCUCCUAACACAUAAAAGGAUACACACUGGAAAGAAACCCUAUGAAUGAAAGAAAUAUGGUAAACUCUUUGGGAGGUUCUCAGGACCCAAAGGAAAGGUACCUUAGAUGAAAUCUCCUACAAUGGGGAGAAGGAACUUGAAGAGCCCACCUCUAGCAGAAAGACAGGGCAUCAAGUGAGGGGUGGGGUUGCCAUCUUAUAGCCAAAAUCUUUGACCCAUCAUUAUUUCUGUCUGAAAGAACUGCAGGGACAAAAAUGGAGAAAAGCCUGAGGAAAAAGAGGUUCAGCGACAGGCCCAACUUGGGAUCCAGCUCAAGGGGAGGCCCCAAGGCCUGAUAUUAUUACUGAGGCCAAGCUGUGCUCACAAAAAGGGGCCUAUACUGAAUGCUCUCCGAAAGACCCAACAGGCAGCUGCAAGAGUCAGAUACAGAU